AUGAGCUCCGGUUCUCUCAAAACAGGGCCGUCUUCAAGACUCGGUCAAGGGUCUCAUCCCACCACUCCAGGCAACAACCAGUCAUUGCUGCUCGAUAAAUUGCAUGCAAGGACCUCUACGCCCGAUUCCGAGGCUCUCGCUAGUUCAGACGACGAAGGCGAUCAUCGAUACGAAUCUGCGCAAGCAACCAGCCAGCUCACAUCAUCUCAACCACCUAAGCCCGUUCGACGACCUUCGUGGUUAAACGAAACCUCUCAAACUCUGGGUCGUCCUCGCAGAAGCUCAAUUGCUAGUAACUCAAUGUCGCCAACGACUUCGCAUCCCAGCACGCCAUCUGGUGAAGCUGGUGCUGGAGCCUGGGGAUCUCACUCAACUUCAUCCGUGAUGGGUAGACAACCAGGCGCAUCCGCUUUCCCAUGGAGUGGUACUAUCUGGAAUACAGAUCGUAAAGACCCCCCUGCGCGGCUCAGUGAAGUGUUGCCCUCACCGACAUCAACACUGCCGCCCGGUGGCGGCAACUCGUUCUUUAACUCGGAGAUACAAACAUCUCCAGUUUCGCGAGACCCUGUCCCUAACGCUCAAAUCCCGUUUGCUAUUCCACUCCACCCCACUCCUAAAACGUAUCGAUCGCAGUCUUAUUCCGUCGGGCAGCUUGACCCUGAGAGCAAUGCCGCGCCGCCUUCGAUGAGCUCCUCGGCCAUGAUGGGACGUGCUCGCCACCCUGCGCUUCAACAUCGACCCUCACGCCCUAGUAUGCUGAGCGAGAUGGCCAACGACGGCACAAUGCUUGGCAAGGUCAAGGAAGUUGAGGACGAUGAGGAUGAGAGCCCGAGUGAAUCGAUGCAAAAUUCUUUUCAUCAGUCCUCAGAUGCUAAAACAAUUGAAAUGCUGGCACGCGAAAACGCCAUGCUACGCCAACAGCAGCAACAGCAACAGCAACAGCAACAGCAACAGCAACAGCAAACGCAGUACAACUCCCGCAUCAGACCCCGCGCAGUCACUGGUAACUCCUACACUGGAAACGGCUAUUCCUUACGGGAAACGGUUCCAGAAAAUUCCGAUUACGCUAUUGAUGAGCUCGAUGAAGCAAACGAGUCUGGGGACAUGUUGGCCAAACGCGCAGCGAACAGGCGCAUGAGUGAACUUGGAGCGGGUUUCCGUUCGCCUUUUGGUGAUAACCGAAAGGCAGAAAACGCCCACCUCAAGAAAGCUGCCCUUGGCUGGUCCAGCUCUCUCGGCUUUUCCUCUUCUGACAUCUCGCAGAGCAGGAGACAUUCUUUUGCUACAUUGCCCACUCGACAAGGCUCUAUCAGCUCUAUUCCUGAUUCCGCACUAGAACCUUCCGCACUCGACAUGCAGCAAUCUCAGGAUUAUCCUCCGGGGUACCCCGAUCCUGCCUCUUUCGGGGCCACUUCACAUGGUAUGCUGGAGCGCGAGACAACUGUGGAUCCUUUGCUAACACCAACAAUAGCUAACCAGUAUUUUGGUGGAGGGGCCAACAUUGGAGCGAACAUGGGGAACGCCUACCAGGCUGGUUAUGCCAAUCAGUACGGAUCUCCCUAUGGUUUGCCCAACCCCUAUGGCAACCGCGCGCCUUCUCCCCAUCGCAAUGUUUAUAACAUUGCCCAGCCCCGCCACAACCAGCUCCUUCAUAUGGUACUGUUCAAGUGCGCUCGAGCCGAUGUGUUCUAUAUCCAAGAGGGCACUGGUCUCAACGUCAAGCCUGGUGAUCUGGUGAUAGUCGAGGCUGAUCGCGGCACUGACCUGGGAACUGUAGCUAAGGACAACGUCGAUUGGCAGGCCGCCAAAGACCUCAAAGAACAUUACGCCGAAGAGCAGUACAAAUGGCUCAUGAUGUACUCUCAAGGUGCUGCUGCCGCGCAGGAGGGAUCUAGUGCAGGUCUCCUCGCCUCUUCCACCGGUCUUCAAGGAAGCGCGGUUGGAGGCAUGGGACCUCCCAGCCAGCACCAUGCGCAAGAGCCCAACGCCGGUGAACUUCGACCCAAGCUCAUCAAGCGACUCGCCCAAGCCCACGAAAUCCAUGCCUUGCGGGACAAGGAAGGCCAGGAGGCGAAGGCGAAGCGUGUUUGUAUGCAAAAGGUCAAGGAGCACGGUCUUAACAUGGAGAUCCUUGAUGCUGAAUUCCAAAUGGACUGGAAGAAGUUGACUUUCUACUACUUCGCUGAUUCGUACAUCAACUUCAAUUCCCUCGUAACAGAUCUUUUCAAGAUUUACAAGACGCGAAUCUGGAUGUCUGCUAUCAACCCCGCAUCAUUCGCUAGUCCUACUCUUGGUAUUCAGGCCCCUAGUGGUAUCGGCCCUGGUGCUGUGAACGCCAACCGUGGUGCGGGCGGCAAUGAUCGUCGCCAGAACCAGCAGGUACAGGAGCCUCAUCAGGCAUCUGCCUUCACUCCUGGAGGCCGAGAUGGUCGCGGGUACCGCCCAACCUUCAGUCAACCAUUUGGCAACGAAAAUCGCCUUCAGCAGCAACAGCCGCAGGCAUCUGGGUACCCUCCCUCGAACUAUCCUUCGUACCAACAGUUCGGUAGUCCUUUCACUAAUCCCCGAACCAACCCUGGUUAUGGUCCAGCUGCGAUGGCUUCUCUUGAGGGUUAUCCCGGAGCAGGUGUUCCCCAGCUUGGAGAAUAUCAGCCCAUGCGUCAGCGGUUCCCUAACCCUCAGUCAGGACCAAGCCCUGCGCCUCACUCUCAGGCAACUUCCCCUCUAGCCCCUCAGAACGACUGGGUCGGAGGAUUCCAAGGUCUUUCACUCAACACACACUGA